AUGACCGCUCCCUGGCGGCGCCUCCGGAGUCUGGUUUGGGAAUACUGGGCCGGGCUCCUCGUGUGCGCCUUCUGGAUCCCGGACUCGCGCGGGAUGCCGCACGUCAUCCGGAUCGGAGGGAUCUUCGAGUACGCAGACGGCCCCAACGCCCAGGUCAUGAACGCGGAGGAGCACGCCUUUCGGUUUUCUGCCAACAUCAUCAACAGGAAUAGGACUCUGCUGCCCAACACCACCUUGACCUAUGACAUCCAGAGGAUUCACUUCCAUGACAGCUUCGAGGCCACCAAGAAGGCCUGUGACCAGCUGGCUCUGGGCGUGGUGGCGAUCUUUGGGCCAUCGCAGGGUUCCUGCACCAAUGCCGUCCAGUCUAUCUGUAAUGCCCUGGAGGUGCCCCACAUCCAGCUUCGCUGGAAACACCACCCGCUGGACAACAAAGACACCUUCUACGUGAACCUCUACCCUGACUACGCCUCUCUCAGCCACGCCAUUCUUGACCUUGUCCAGUACCUCAAGUGGCGGUCGGCGACCGUGGUCUAUGAUGACAGUACAGGACUCAUCCGGCUGCAGGAACUCAUCAUGGCCCCAUCGAGAUACAACAUCCGCCUGAAGAUCCGCCAGCUCCCCAUCGACUCCGAUGACUCGCGCCCCCUGCUCAAGGAGAUGAAGCGAGGCCGGGAGUUCCGCAUUAUCUUCGACUGCAGCCACACCAUGGCAGCUCAGAUCCUCAAGCAGGCCAUGGCCAUGGGCAUGAUGACCGAGUACUACCAUUUCAUCUUCACCACUCUGGAUCUCUACGCAUUAGACCUGGAGCCCUACCGCUACUCAGGGGUGAACCUGACCGGCUUCCGGAUCCUCAACGUGGACAACCCCCACGUCUCAGCCAUUGUGGAGAAGUGGUCCAUGGAGCGGCUGCAGGCGGCUCCCCGGGCAGAGUCUGGCCUGUUGGAUGGAGUGAUGAUGACCGACGCGGCCUUAUUGUACGACGCCGUCCACAUCGUGUCUGUGUGCUACCAGCGGGCGCCCCAGAUGACCGUGAACUCCCUGCAGUGCCAUCGGCACAAGGCCUGGCGCUUUGGCGGCCGCUUCAUGAACUUCAUCAAGGAGGCUCAAUGGGAAGGAUUAACUGGACGGAUUGUUUUCAACAAAACAAGUGGCUUGCGGACAGAUUUUGAUCUGGACAUCAUCAGCCUGAAGGAGGAUGGCCUGGAGAAGGUUGGGGUUUGGAGUCCUGCCGAUGGGCUCAAUAUCACAGAGGUUGCCAAAGGCCGAGGCCCCAAUGUCACCGACUCUCUGACAAACAGGUCACUCGUCGUCACCACAGUGUUGGAGGAGCCCUUUGUCAUGUUCCGGAGAUCCGACAGGACCCUGUAUGGGAAUGACCGGUUUGAGGGCUACUGCAUCGACCUGCUCAAGGAACUGGCCCACAUCCUGGGCUUCUCCUAUGAGAUCCGGCUGGUGGAAGAUGGGAAGUACGGGGCUCAGGACGACAAGGGCCAGUGGAACGGCAUGAUCAAGGAGCUCAUCGACCACAAGGCAGAUCUGGCCGUGGCCCCCCUGACCAUCACCCACGUCCGUGAGAAGGCCAUUGACUUCUCCAAGCCCUUCAUGACACUCGGUGUGAGCAUCCUAUACCGCAAGCCCAACGGCACCAACCCCAGUGUUUUCUCCUUCCUCAAUCCCCUGUCCCCAGACAUCUGGAUGUAUGUGCUCCUCGCCUACCUGGGCGUCAGCUGUGUCCUCUUCGUCAUUGCCAGGUUCAGCCCUUAUGAGUGGUACGACGCUCACCCCUGCAACCCUGGCUCCGAGGUGGUGGAAAAUAACUUCACUCUGCUUAAUAGUUUCUGGUUCGGGAUGGGGUCCCUGAUGCAGCAAGGGUCUGAACUGAUGCCCAAAGCUCUGUCCACGCGCAUCAUUGGCGGCAUCUGGUGGUUCUUCACGCUCAUCAUCAUCUCCUCCUACACGGCCAACCUGGCCGCCUUUCUGACCGUGGAGCGCAUGGAGUCCCCCAUCGACUCUGCCGACGACCUGGCCAAGCAAACCAAAAUCGAGUAUGGAGCUGUCAAAGACGGGGCCACCAUGACCUUCUUCAAGAAAUCCAAGAUCUCCACCUUCGAGAAGAUGUGGGCCUUCAUGAGCAGCAAGCCCUCGGCGCUGGUGAAAAACAAUGAGGAGGGCAUCCAGAGGACCCUCACGGCUGACUACGCGCUGCUCAUGGAGUCCACGACCAUCGAGUACGUCACGCAGAGGAACUGCAACCUCACGCAGAUUGGGGGCCUCAUCGACUCCAAGGGCUAUGGCAUUGGCACACCCAUGGGCUCCCCAUACCGGGACAAGAUCACCAUCGCCAUCCUGCAGCUGCAGGAGGAGGACAAGCUGCACAUCAUGAAGGAGAAGUGGUGGCGGGGCAGCGGGUGCCCCGAGGAGGACAACAAAGAGGCCAGCGCCCUGGGGAUCCAGAAGAUUGGGGGCAUCUUCAUCGUCCUGGCGGCCGGCCUGGUCCUGUCUGUGCUGGUAGCCGUGGGCGAGUUCGUGUACAAGCUCCGCAAAACUGCAGAGCGAGAGCAACGUUCCUUCUGCAGCACUGUGGCCGAUGAGAUCCGUUUCUCCCUCACCUGCCAGCGUCGGGUCAAGCACAAGCCGCAGCCUCCCAUGAUGGUCAAGACUGAUGCCGUCAUCAACAUGCACACGUUCAAUGACCGCCGGCUUCCAGGCAAGGACAGCAUGUCCUGCAGCACAUCAUUAGCCCCUGUGUUCCCCUAG